CACUGCCAGGCCAAUGUUUUCGUUUAAAAAAAAAAGUGCGACCAGUGCUAAAGGAUCGUUAGCCGCGCCCGGAAAAUUUUGGCUUGGGGACCAUGAAGUUUCGUGGUAAGCUUGUGAGAGUAAUCUCAUUAGUUAGGAGCUAAAAGCUCGCGAGGUAGGUUUAUAGGCCUUCACCAUUUCAAUUCACAUCUCAGAAAUCGCAGCGGAUCUCGACGGAUAUCCUAAUUUGCUGCCAAGAAACAGCACAACUGAAGAAUUCGACACAAUAUGGAAGCCACAGCUGCACGUGUUCAGAAAAGGAGCGACGCCUGGCUGGGGGACCUCAGGGAGAAAAAAUGGAUCGGAUUCGACCUCGACGACACCCUGCAUGACUUUCGACGCAGUGCAGGAAUCGCAACAUCUCAGAUCCUGGAAGAAAUCUCUCUGCGAUACGAAAUCUCCGUCACGGCGUUGAAAGAGGAGUAUUCUCGUAUCCUGCGAGAAACAAAUACGAAUGCUUUCUCAGACGGCAAGACAUCACAAGAUUAUCGACGCGAAAGAUUCACCUCGCUGCUUGCGAGAUUCUCUGUUCCAUACAAUGAGGAGUUUAUGGAUGAGCUUUUGGAGUCGUAUGAAACCACUCUGAUUUCAUCAUUGACAUUAAAAGAAGGAGCUCUGGACCUGCUGUCUACGCUCAAAGAGCUGGGCAAGAAAAUUGUCAUCAUUACAGAAGGUCCACAAGAUGCGCAGGAGAGAACGGUGAAAGCGCUCGGAAUCGAUGAGCACACCGAUUCUCUUGCCACGACGAAUCAUUUUAGAGUUUCGAAAGUUGAUGGACUUUUCUCCAGAGUUCUGGAGCAUCUGGGCAUCUCGGCACGAGAUAUGGCGUACAUUGGUGAUAGUGAGGAGCGAGAUAUGAAGCCUGCAAUGGCAGAGGGCAUAUUUUGUGUUCAUUUUGAUGAAACGAGGGAAGCUGCUUGGAACUCAAGUCCGCCACGUAUCCAUUCUCUGAAGGAUCUGCUGGAUCUUCCCCUCAAUACAACAUCGUCACAAGCAUGA